GCAGGCAUAUCCGGCUCCGGUGUCAUGGCGGACUCCUACCCUGAAUGCGCUCCGGCUGCUGUCGGCGAGAAGCGGCAACAGUUUGGGAGCAGAUUCCUGAGCGAUCCGGCGCGCGUUUUCCACCAUAAUGCCUGGGACAAUGUGGAGUGGUCAGAAGAGCAGGCCGCCGCAGCGGAGAGGAAAGUCCAGGAGAACAGUACCCCGCGGGUGUGCCAGGAGAAGCAAGUUGAUUAUGAAGUCAAUGCCCACAAAUACUGGAACGAGUUCUACAAAAUCCACGAAAACGGGUUUUUCAAGGAUAGACAUUGGCUUUUCACUGAAUUCCCGGAGUUGGCACCUAACCCAAACCACAAUGACUUGAAUGAUUGGCUCUCAGAGAACAAGAGGAGUGAAGUACCCGAAGGUAGGAGCAAAGAGGAGGGACUUGGUUUAAAAACAGAAGAACAGCACACGUGUUCUUCAGAUAGCCUUGGACAUAAAACACAGAUGCCUCCUUUGGAAGAAGAUGUGACUCGGAAACUCAGUCACCUGGAAAUCCGUGCCGAUGAGUUCCCUGGGUCCUCAGCCACCUACAGAAUACUUGAGGUUGGUUGUGGUGUGGGAAACACAGUCUUUCCGAUUUUACAAACCAACAAUGAUCCCGGACUCUUUGUUUACUGUUGUGAUUUUUCUUCCACAGCCAUAGAACUGGUCCGGACAAAUUCAGCAUAUGAUCCUUAUCGGUGCUUUGCCUUUGUUCACGAUCUGUGUGAUGAAGACGCAACUUACCCAGUGCCCGGGGGUAGCCUCGAUGUCAUCAUCCUCAUAUUUGUUCUCUCGGCGGUCAUUCCAGACAAGAUGCAGAAGGCUAUCGGCAGGCUGAGCAGGCUGCUGAAGCCCGGCGGGAUGAUGCUUCUGCGAGACUAUGGCCGCUACGACAUGGCGCAGCUUCGGUUUAAAAAAGGUCAGUGUUUGUCCGAAAGUUUCUAUGUGAGAGGGGACGGCACCAGAGUUUACUUCUUCACACAAGAGGAGCUGGACACGCUUUUCACUGCUGCUGGACUGGAAAAGGUUCAGAACCUGGUGGAUCGCCGACUGCAAGUCAACCGAGGGAAGCAGCUGACAAUGUACCGGGUUUGGAUUCAGUGCAAAUACCGCAAGCCUCUUGUGUCUGGUGCUGGCCCAGAGCCACCCGUUGCUGACAGGAUACUGAGUUCAUCGGCGGUUUUUUAAGAAAGAACAUUCACAAACGGUGUCUCGUUGAUCUUCUGAGUUCAAGGAUUCAGACUUGAACCUUGAACCUCGAACAAAUCUUUUUUUUUUAUUCUAAUAAUUGCCCUUAUUUGUGAAGCCCUUUACUAUAUACUUUCCUUAAGGUUUUGUGUGGGGUUUUUUUCUUUUUCUUUUUUCUUUUUCUAUCUUUUUAAGUAGGCUCCGUGCUUGGCAUGGAGCCCAUCACCGGGCUUGAACUCACGACCCUAAGAUUAAGAUCUCAGUUGAGAUCAAGAGUCGGAUGCUUGACACUGAGCCACCCAGAGGCUCCCUCAGAAUCUUCCUUGCCAUUUUGUAAUUUAUCAUAACUAAAAUGGUCAUGGAAAUGAUGAACUUAAAGGCAUCAAGAAUUUAUUACAUAUGAAUAUAAUAAAUCAAGACAUUAUUAUGUAUUAUCAAUAACAUGUCAUUUGACUGUGAAUCACAUUAAAUUAUUUCAGAGUUCAGUUACGUAAGCUAGGCAUUUGAUAUAUACAAAGGUCAAUAAAAGUUUCAUUCAACGAGAAACACAUCAAGAAGAACCAUCUUUCUUUGGAUAAAAACACUGCUUUAAAGAGCGUCAAAACGAGUCCUUGUUGUGUAUUUAUUUGGUUAUGGUCUCCACUUAACCUUAGUUCUAUGGAAUUUUAAGCACUGUUUCCCUUAUAACCUCUUUAUAAAAAAUUAAAAGAAUUUUGACUUUUA